GCAUAGAGGGAGACGGAGAGGGAGAGGGAGAGGGAGAGGAGGGGGAGGGAGAGGGAGAGGGAGAGGAGGGGGAGGGAGAGGGAGGAGGAGGUGGGGGAGGAAGACCUGGAGGUGGAGGUGGAGGUGGAGGUGGAGGAAGAGGAGGGAGAGGGAGAGGGGAGGGAGAGGAAGGAUGGGUAGGGACAGAAGGGGAGGAAGAGGGAGGAGGGGCAGGCAGGGAAGGGGAGGUUGAUGGAGGAUGGGGAGAGGGAGGAAGAGGGGAGGAAGGAGAAGGGAUAGCGGAGGAAGAAGGAGGAUGGGGAAGGGGAGGGAGAGGGGAGGAAAGGGGAGGAGGAGGAGGGAGGGGAGUAGAGAUAGAGGGAGGAGAAGGGAGAGAGGGAGGGAGAGGAACAGGGGCAGCAGCAGAAGGAGAAGAGGAAGAAGGAUGA